AUGGCGGUGCCCGGAGUAGCAACACGGCGGCGGAGGCGACAGCGGGCUUCAACUUCGGUGGCAGCGAGGAUGUUCGUCGCUUUUCUAACCUCGUUGCUGUGCCACAGCCUCGUUGUCCAAAUGACGGCCGCCGACGACGACGCCGUCGUGAAUACGCCGGUCGUGGCUGACGCAGACCCAGCGGACGCGGUUCCCCAUCGCCGUUUCGAGUACAAACACAGCUUUAAGGGGCCCCAUUUGGUCCAAGCUGACGGCACUAUACCCUUCUGGAUAUACUCCGGCAAUGCCAUUCCAAGUGCGGACCAGGUACGCAUCGUGCCAUCGCUCAAGAGUCAGCGGGGGUCAGUGUGGGCCAAAAACAAGGUGUCUUUUCAACAUUGGGAGGCCGAAGUCACGUUUCGAGUGUCCGGAAGAGGCCGAAUGGGAGCAGAUGGCUUGGCCAUCUGGUACAUUGCUGACGAAGGCCGCCAGGGGCCCGUGUAUGGUGCCGCCGACAUGUGGAACGGAGUCGGGAUUUUCUUCGACUCAUUUGACAAUGACGGAAAGAAAAAUAACCCGGUGGUCCUCGUCGUCGGAAACAACGGCAAACAUGUUUAUGACCACAAACGUGAUGGCAGCACACAAGCCUUGGGUUCGUGUUUACGAGACUUCCGGAACAAACCGUAUCCCAUUAGAGCCAGAGUGACGUAUUACAAAAAGACACUGACGGUCAUGAUCAACAACGGUUUCACUCCAGACAAAGAUGACUUUGAGUUCUGCACCAAAGUGAAGAACAUGACCAUUCCUCCUGAGGGUUUCUUUGGAGUUUCAGCAGCAACUGGUGGAUUAGCAGAUGACCAUGACGUCUUGUCGUUUUUGUUGUUCCAACUCACGGAACCAGGCCAGACGCCACCCCAACCUGAAGCGGAGAUUCCUAAAGAAGACAAGGACAAGUACCAGGAGGAAUUCCACAACUUCCAGACAGAGCUUGACAAAAAGAAAGAAGAGUUUCAGAAGGAGCACCCAGACGUCCAAGGAGAGCCAAUUGACGAGUUGUACGAAAGCGUGAACGAUCGGGAAAUCCGUCAGGUGUUCGAGGGUCAGAACCGCAUCCACCUGGAGAUCAAGCAGAUCAACCGGCAGCUGGCCAUGAUACUAGACGAGCAACGCCGUUACGUUAACAUAGUCACUGAUGAGAUUGCCAAAAGGGGAUCUCACACUGACACUGGGCAGCUGGACGUGGCAAACCAGCAACUAGGUACUAUUGUAUCCUCCCAACAAGAUCUGCUCAGAAACCUCAACGAGUUUAGGAAUACCUUUCACGAAUCUCUGAGGCAAAUCGGCACAGCCCAGCAACAGAAUCAUCAGCAGGGCGGCGGUGGCGGCAUGGCCACGUACGAGAGCGUUCAGCAUUUCAAUGACAUCAAGGAGCACAUACACAACGUCAGACGUGACUUGGAGCAACUGGUACAACGUGGUGUUCAGAACCCUAGUGAGAAGGCCCAAAAGUGUCCUGAGGUUCCUCCAAUGCCAUCCUGCUUGUCUACUGUGCAUUUUGUCAUCUUCAUUGUGGUCCAGUCGGUUCUUUUUUUGUGUUAUAUCAUGUACAAAAGCCAACAGGAAGCAGCGGCCAAGAAGUUUUUUUGA